AGAUCCUACUUCGGCUUGAACCCGAAGGGGCAGACAUAUUGAAUUUGAUGCCGAAUAUCUAGCUGUCAUUCUCGGGUGAAAAAAUUUUCACAUUUUCGAUAAGAUUUUCUGCGAAGCAGUCAGCAUAAGAUCUCCCAUAAAUAUUUUUUGCCGGUUUGCCCAACUAAUAAAUAAUUGUAAACACGCGUCGAUUGCAGCCCUGUUGUUAUUGUUGUUGCCAAACAUAAAAGUGAUUAGCGCGCCGCUUUUCUCUGCGGCGGCAGCAGAAAAUCGUGAAUUUUUCGCGCUUUAGCACAAAAAUUGGUGCGAAUCGCAGUGUUCUAGUCCAAGAGGCCCGGAUACGGAACAUAAGUCAUGAGUAGUAGUGCUCCGGGUAGCGAAAGUGGCCUGGCAAAGGUAUCGACGCCUUCGCCAUCGCCACUGGCCAAAUUGGAUGCCGAUUUUACGAGCUCCAAGUUCGAGAUGCACCCCUCGCUUUCAGACGAGGAGCGCCGCUUUUACCUGAAGAUGUACCCCAACGUGGAUCUGGUGAACCAGCGAAAGGUGCACUGCACCGUGUGCAAACUUCACCUGGGCACAGCACCCGCCGCCGAGAGCAACAUCAAGAUGCAUCCCAUACUGCGGGUGACGCACUGCGUCAAGUGCCACGAUUUUUACAACAGCGGCGAGUUCUCCAAGGGCGAGGAUGGCUCUGAGCUGUACUGCCGUUGGUGCGGACAGGGCGGCGAAGUAUACUGCUGCUCCACCUGCCCCUACGUCUUCUGCAAGUCGUGCAUCGUGAAGAACCUCUCCAAGGGCGUCAUCGUGGACAUCGAGCAAAACGAGAACUGGAACUGCUUCAGCUGCACCUCCAAGAUCCUGUGGCCACUGCGCGCCCAACACUGGGCGUUGGUCAACUAUCUUCAGACGCAGAAAAGAGCCCUACAGACCCUUCAGCUGCCCGAGGUGGAGGCCCGACGCCAAAUGCUUAAGGAUAACAGCAAUUGCUGCCGCUUGGCAAAGUCGAAAACCAGCAGCUUAUCCGACUCUAUGGAAAGCUUGGAGUCCAAUGUCUCCAAACGCAGCCAAGGCAGCUCAGCGGGCUCGGGUAAGCGGGGAUCCAUGCCAAAAACCAUUCCUCCGGGACCACCAUCCAAGCGCACUAAAACUUCCAACAACGAAGUUGUUUGCACACCGGAUCUGCUCAGCAUGCUGGAGCCGGAUUGCCAGCUCUCUGUGACGUCCAAGCCUACUGGACGUCAGCCGGUGACAGCGGCAAAUAUCACAACCACUCCGAGGAUUGUCACUGUCCAACAGAACUACCAACCGGGACAAAGUUCCAGCAGCAGCGGCAGUAAUGGAAGCGUAAGUGGUUCUUCAUCAGUGCCACCGACACUUAGUAGCCUGCCACCUCCCUUGGUUCUUAGUGGAUCUGGAAUCCGCUACCGCCAGAAUGCCCCUGGUGGGGUCUCGGGUGUGGUACGUCGUACUGUGGUCCCUAACUCGGUGAGGACCAGUGGGCCAGUCUUUCACACAAUUAAUGGGUUCAAAGUAGAUUUAAAUAGCGCUGCACAACAGGAUUCCUACCGCUUGCCUAAUGGUCGACUGAUUCAGGUGAAACGUCAGGUACCCCAGGCAAUUCAGCCGGCAUCAACACUACCAACACCACAAACACCGCCUGCUUUGGUCGUUCCUCAAGUAGGUCCGGGUGUAGUUAUCCGACCUCGAGCUCCAAUUACGUCCAAUAGACCUUCACUGCAUAUCAGCGCGUACGGUUCUAACAUGGGUAUCUAUAACCCGCAGACGAACCAGCAGCAGCGGGCUCCGCAAGUGCGAGUUGGAAACACCAAUCAAGCGCCUCCACCGCUGCAAGGUCCUCAGCCCAAUGCCAAUGGCGGUCAAACUCUCAUGAUUACUCCAGCGCCACCACCAGCGCCUAAGGUUCCAACUUUGGUUCGUCACACCUUCCCCAACACGCCGAUGGGUCAGGCACGGGCGCAGCUGCAGGAGCAGAUCUUUAGCGCCAUGGACAUCUGCACUCAUCUCACCGGCAAAGUAGUGUCCCUUACCCACUCGAACGCCUACAACCAGGUUCGCAGCUAUCUGGAACUGAAGCAGUUAUACAUUCACAUGUCCUAUUUGAUGACCUAUGCCAUUGGACGGUUUAAGAACCUGCACGAGAAGUGUUUAGUGGACAUGCGAGAGAAGGGCUUCAAGAAUGACGCCAACAGUCUGGAGAAUGGUCAACUAGCUGCUGAUAAACAAGCUAGCGAUGACGAAGAUAAUGAAAUCGAGAUUGUGGAGCCCAAAACGGACACCAUUACCAUUGAAUCUGACAACGAAGAUGACAUGCCAUCCACCUCGACCGCAACACAACAAAAGCAGCCUCAGGAAACGGCUAUAAUGAAGAUUACAUCCGUGACAUCGGAGGCGGCGAAAAACGAACUGCAAGAGAACAACCAGACCGACAUCGACGUGGCCGCAUUCAGCUCCACGAUAUUGGCCAGCCUGCUGGAGGUGGAGGUCAACGAAGGCGCUAGUGAGCCCAAGCCCACCUCUCCUGGCCAAAAGAAGCAGCCACGCAAGAAAACUACAAAUAAGCCAAAUCCAGCACUCUUGCAAUUGGAACGCCAACGCAUGGAGGACAUGAAGAAAUCCGAUGCCAAGCUGAAAAUGAAGGUCAUGGUCAAGUUGAAGCGAGCUGAGGAUGAGUUCGAGGUGGCGCGAAAAUGGGUCGAGGACAUGAAACGGGAGCAGGAAUUGGCCACCAAGAUAAAGGACUCCAAAGCCGCAACACCAUCAAACAAAACUAAAAACCCAAGUGAAAAUCUUAAAAUUUCUGAAACAGGAUCUUCAGCCAAAAAAGAGAACAAAAAGCGACACGGUGAGGUUGAUAAGGAAAAUACCAAGAAUAAGGAAAAAAUUGGAGAUAUAUUGAAAGCGGCCAUAAAAGCCAAAAUUGGCGAAAACGAGAAACACAUGGCCGAAGAUGAACAUCUGCCAGUGGAUGAACUUCUAACAGAUAAAGACAAGGAAUUGGACAAGGAAAAAUCGACAUCCACUGAACCAGAAAAGAAUAACACAUCAGGAAUAGAAAAAGAAGCAGACAAAGAACAACAUUCAAUAAAAGAAAACAUUGUAAAGGGAGAAAGUAAGGAUGAAUCUAAAAAAGUAACAAAAACUGAUCAGAAAUCCGAUUGUAAAAAAGGCCCGGAUUCUGAAUGUACAGAAAUGGAAGAGGAUACUGAGAUGGUAUCGGAAAAAGAAUAUGGUGGGUCCGCAGAGGAACAAGGUGAUACUGAAAAUAUGAAAGAUGACACAUCUUCCGAAAGUCCCACUUUAAUUGGAGAAAACGAAAAACAGCUUCUCAAAGAGGGAAAAGAAAAGAACUCGGAAAAAUCUGAGAAGGAAGUAGAACCAUCAAAAGAUGUUGGAAAAGAAUUCCCAACGGCUCAAGGUAAAGGUCCCAUUAAAGCUGAAGAGCAAGAUACCGAUGAACUCAAGGACGCUGGUGCGGAGCCUAAAAAUUCGACCCAAGACGCUUUAAACACAGUUGAACCCCCCGUAGAAAAAUCCACUUCCACACUUGAAAAUGAUCAGUCUUCCGUAGGGGAACUCAUUGAAAGAAUGGACGUUACCGAACUUGAUGAAACGCCCAAAGAACUACUAGCUUGCGCUCUAGACGAAGUAAUUGCCAUGGAGGGCAUCGAACUAGGUGAUGAUACAGAGGAGCUGAUAAAAGCCUUGGGCAGCCCCAGCGUCCUGGCUUCCGAAAAUACAAAGGAUAAUGAGACUGAUUUGGAUGCAAACGAUUUUAUUGAAAAUCUCCCACUCGAAACAACCGAGCCACCUGAGAUCCUCUUGAAGGAGGAUGAGAUCAAGGUGGAAAAGCCGACAGGGACUUCGCAGGUCGGAGCAUCCAGCCCCGCCGAAAAUGGUGACACAGAAAUGGAAUCCACACUCGAAGCCAGUGACUCUGCUCCAGACGAGCUCGCCACGGCUGAGAUUGUUGGCUAGUUUAUGGUGAUCAUUUGAGGUCCCGCCGAAGAGGAUUGUUAGCUGUGGCCCUCAAAACCUGCCAUUUAGUAUUUGUACUAGAAUUUAAAACCAAACAAAAAACAAGCACCACAAUUUAUGUAAAUACUUUGAUCUGUUUAUAAUUUAAACAAUAUUGUUUAAUGCUUAAGGAAUUGUUUUUCGACAUUAACACCAUUACAUUAACUGAAUCGCGUAUAAGUUCGUUAAUAGCUUUCAGAUAAAAUUCUUUUGUACAAACAAAAUAACAAUAAUACGGCACAAAGUAAACAAAAGACAAUUGUUGACUUUCUAUUUGUGUUCUAAAUUGUAUUCUACGCAUAUUGUUAUGUUUCCGAACUGCUUUAAAAGCCUAAAGAAAACUCCCAAGAAACUUGUAAAGCAAUUUAAGAUUUAAAAAUUUUCUUAAUGUUCAUUUAUAAUGAGCAAAACCGAAUUGUAUGAAGUAAUAUAGCCGUUUGAUCAUGAAAUAGUACUUAAGCUAUUGAUUAAAAUUGAUAUAAAUGUGUAGUUCUAAGCUUAUCUCAUGACGAGUGAAAAUUUUUAAGAUUUAGCUAGCAUUAAAGCUGUGUAAUUAAAAUCUUAGCAGUGUGAUUUCUUUGAUUAUUGAGCCUUGACAAAGUGCUGUGUUUAAGAGAUUCCAUGGCAACUUCACCUUGUAGGUGGUGCGCAGGUUAUAGCCCACUGUAUCCUUGUACAGCGGGAUUGUACUGCCCAGCAGAAAGUGGAGCAGAUUUGGCACAUUUACAAAGGUGUCAUCAUCACACUUGAGAAAGAAGGCGGCUGAUGUGUUUCAGGGCCAUCACCGACUUAAGGGUCAGGUUGUGGUAACUGUCUAUGAAGUUCUCCUGGAUGAUGUCGUUAUGCUGCACAGACUCCCUAGUUCGCUUAUCAUGUUCCCGCCUCGAAUCGUUUUGGAUCGUCCCACGAUGAAUACUAUAAGAAUCUUGGCAGUCAGGGAGUCAUCCAAUCCACUGAGAUACAUUGAGUACAGCGUUCGGAGACCUGGCAUUACGCUAAGGUAUUUCCCUGCAAUCGCAAUCGGCGUGGUGUUCUCAUAAUUAGAAUUGUAUUUUAACAAGAAAUUAUUCAAAUUUGAAGAAAUAUAAAAAGGAGACUAGUUUUUUAUCCAUCUAAUGAUUCAAAUUAAUGAAUAUAUAUAUAUGAUUGCCUUCUGUGACAUCUAGCACCUUUGCAUCUUGGGCAGACGCAGGUGGAAGUCCUUGUUUGGUGGAGGGCACUUGCUGCUGAAGUUGGUGACUCGGUACCAGGCCUCCCACAUGACAUAAUCCUUUGCACGGUGAACGGUGAAGGAUCCCUUGAGGGCGCACUCUUCAUCCCCUUCAUAGGGAUAGCUGGACCUGAAGAGCGGGUGGUUCGUUCGCUUGAUGCCAGCCUUCUCUGCACACAGUCCGGUGACGAACAUGUCUUCCAAGUGCACGAUUCUAGUGCCCAGCGACGCCUUGUACAGACGUGGCACCACAUCAAUGGACAGCAAGUAGCCGGAUCCGCACAGGUACCUGGGAUACACUCCACCCCGGAACAUGUACGCUGGCAUGUACCAUUUCUUCAACUUAUUGGUUACCGGCGAAACAUUGCAGUGCUGGCGUCCGUACAUCAUCUCCCUGCGAGCCGUCAAUCGUUUUCGCGGCGAUGUGACCUCGUAUGUGUUGCCGUAAUGGAACCCUGCCGUAACCACGUUCACAGGAAUCGUUCCUCCGAGCAGGAAGUGCAGUAUGUUAGGCACAUUGACGAAGGUGUCGUCGUCGCACUUGAAGUAGAACGCUGUUGUGUUUAGACAACUCUGGGUGAUGUGCUUUAGCGCCAUCACAGCCUUGAUGGUCAAGUUGUUGUAGGUGUCAAUGAAGUUCUCCUGGAUAACAUCAUUAUACUUCUCCGCCUCGCUGGCCACCGCCUCAUUCUCAAGCAGGGAAGCCAAGUUCCUGCGGCCCAGAAUGAAGACGAUCCGUAUGGAGGCCUUUAGUGAAUCACCCUCACCACUGAGAUACUCGCUAUACAGUUUUAGACGCUCGGGCAGCACGUCCUGGUAUCGUCCUUUAAGAUGACCAUGCAGCUUUACAAAGACAGAGUAGUUGAAGUCGGUGGAGUUGCCCCAAAGCAUGCGGAUAGCUCGUCGCCGUUCAAAGUGGUGCACAUAGGAGCAUACUGCUAUUGUCAGCAAGGCCUUGCUCCGACAGAAAUCUCGCGGAACAAUGAGCGCCGUGUCCUUGGUUGGAUCCAAGUAAUCGGCUAUACUUCUGGGCGCAUCACGACUCCAUCCAGGCAAAGAUGCUGCACAAAAUAAAUAUUAGAUAAGUAGUAACGCUACAAUAGUUAACUCACCGUUCCGCUUGCUUGGAUCUGGCUUUAAAGUAUAUAUCCUGUAGGCCAAGAACACUGCUAGGAUAAUAAUAGCCUUGUACCUUCUGAUAAAUAGCCAGAUUCUGGCCACGAUCCCAUAGAGCCGCUUAAGCUCGUCCACGAGCCUAAUAUGCAUUUGUUUAUGUUUAAAAAACCCCAAAUCGACAGUUUUCGAAAAGGCGAGUUUCGAAAGUGUAAAACAAAAGAUCAAAAGCAAACAAAAUGGAAGCCAAAUUGAGUUUUAAAAGUUUUUAUUCGCUCUUUUGAACAGAAACAAAUUGUUUAUUUGGCAAUCUCAUUUAGUUAAUAUAGUUCUAUUACGUAUCAUAAAUUAAAAAAAUUAUUUCUUAUUAAAGAAUACUUCUGUGCGUCAAUUCAAUAGAUUGAAGAAGGUCAUGUUACAUCACGAUUAUAUAGGAUAUUUAUAGUUUAGAAGUGAAAAAAUAGUGAUGAUGUGUGCC